CGUUUUUGGAGCAAAGACUUAUACGAUCAUUUCAGAACUAUUCAUUUUUAUAUUCUCAGCCAAUAUGUUGAAUUUGAAGUACUUGACGAAGUUUGAAGUUUAGUUAUGUUACACCGUCGGUACAUUAACUUUGCAAGAGCGCGAUGGAGAAGAUAAGGUCUUAUCAGACGCGGUUUGCUGAGUAUUUGGAGAAGAAGAAUGCUGUUACUGAUUUCCUAAGUGUAUGUGAAACACGUUCUGGUAUCAGCAAACUGUACUUGGCAUAUGGAGUAAUUGCGUUUUUGACGCUGUACUUAGUUAUUGGUUACGGGACAGAUAUACUUACUCUACUUGUUGGCGCUUUGUACCCAGCAUAUCAAUCAGUUAAAGCCAUAGAAACUCACGAGAAAGAAGACGAUACAAAAUGGCUAACCUACUGGGUUGUUUUUGCUUCUGUUCAACUUUUCGAAGCCUGUACAGCAAUGAUGGUUUACUACUUACCGUUAUACCCCAUAAUAAAAGUAAUAUUUUGGGUUGCUUGGCUUUUAUUUUGUUUAACUCACGGAAACUAGCGUAAAUGUUGGUAGUUCUUCAACCUUUGAAUAUCUUUCGAGUUGGUAGUCCAUUUCCUUAACUAAAACUAGUACAAACAGUCUGAAUCACGAAUGGAAAUCAAAAACAUAUUACAGACUCACCAACUAGGCGUGUGUCUGGCUUCUCACUUUCAGAUCUCUACAUUAGCCUGAUAAAAAUUAGAUUUCAGUCAUAUGUAAUACAGUUUUACUUUUUCAAAAAUCAGCUGGAUUUCCAAAUUACAACCUUUAGAUUUAUCAACUAUGUAUAUUGACAUGUGAAUAUAUAUACGGAAGAAACCGUCUCGGAAUCCAAGUACAUUUUAUUUGUGAGAUUCUUAAUGAUAAGUGACUGACGUAGUCUGCUAUAAAUAAUUUUAAUUUCUAAAUGUUCGUGAACUUCUUUUACAACAACUACUGAUAAAUCUCCCUCAAACCUGGUUUUUUUGUACUUUGCAGUGUGCCUUCCUAAUUUAUUGCAUGAUUCCUAUCUCACAAAAUGGAUCCUUGCUUAUUUAUCGACGCUUGAUUCGACCGUUCGUUCUUGAGCACUCAGGAGAUAUCGAUUCAGUGUUAAACAGUACAGCUGGUAUUGCUGGGAACCUAGUGGAAAACGUCGUUCAAAAAUCAAUGGAAAAACAAUAACCCUGAGAUAUUUUUCCUCGUAAAUUUUUUUAACAGUAAAUCUUUCUAGCGUUACAUCUCCUAAUCAACAACUGAUUACGAUUGCUGCUACUCAUUCAAGCCAAACUUAUCUUAAAUGAUAUAACGUGGUGUGUUUGUGAUUCAUUUUCAAAUUAUCCUAUCCUAUGUACAAUUCCACGAGAUCUAUUCAUAUAAGUAUCACAACAUUUUCUCCCAUAUACAUUUUUUACGAGAAUUGAAAGAAUAGAAGAAAAUAUCCUUACUCAUUCUGCUUAUUGUAAAGAAAAGUGUGUAUAAUUUUAUCCUGUUUUUUUUUCGGUCGCUUCUUUUGGUUUUGUUUUAAUUUAGAUUUAUCUAUUUUAAGAAAAUUAUAUUGUUUGCUAUUUUUUAAUUGGUUAGUGGUGAUGAUUUUAAUCCAUAUCAUAUGUAUUUCAUUUGUGAAUACACUUAGUUUAUUUUCUUG